UGAAAGAGAUAUAAUGUUCGAUCAUAUAAUAUUAAUCUUGACAAGAAAUUAUCUACAUGAUAAGAUAAGAUAAAAUGUGGAUCAUAAACACAAGGGCUAUAGCUCAGUUAGGUAGAGCACCUCGUUUACACGUGCGCCAAAGUUUUUCAGAGGAGUCCAUCACGCAAUCAAACCAAUUGAUUGAUCUUAUUAAUAAAUCGAUGUCUUACUCCAUGACUUUUUUUUAGGAAAAAGAGGAGAACAAUAGCCUGACAUUAGGUCCUAUUAAAGUACCCCAUUUCGGUAGGGAAUUAAUAGAACCCAUCAUUGAUUUGAGAUAUUGAUAGGGUGAAUACCCAGUCUACUUAAUGCUAGGCAGAAUGAGUAUAAGGAACUCAAAAAUGAUCUUUUCGUCCUAUGAACCUUAAGGUGUAGCAAGUUUCAUAUUUGAUUUUUUAAUCAGGAUGUUAGAGACUAUAUUUAACUUAAGUUGAUCUAGACCAAAAGCAAACCUACGUCAAGAGAACCCUUCUUUGAAACACUUUGGUAGUUAUUCUGUAUUGUAUUAGAAUUAAAAAAUAAUCAAUCAGAGUACUUGGAACCAUUUCUUAUCUUUUUUUUUUAAGAAAAAAUAUGGUAGACUAACUGAUCUUUCUAUCAGUUAAUGAAAGAGCCCAAUGCAAAAAAAAUGCAUGUUGGGUCUUUGAAAGAGUUCGAAUCAUUUUGAUAAUAAUAAGUUCGAGCUCUUUUACCGAGCAGGUCUACGGUUCGAAUCCGUAUAGCCCUAACUAAUAAAUUUAUUCUAAUAAAUGACAUUCAAAUCCAAAUAAUUGGAUAAUUUUUGACUUUUUAUUGUAUUCUUUAUUUCUAACUGGUUACUUUCAAUUUGUUGGUUCAUAAAAAAAACUCCCAGACCCUAAACCAUAAGUCCUGGGGGUCGUUCAGAAUAAAACGGAAAACCAAAUUUGAUUUCAUUUGAUUUCAGUGGAUCCAAUCACUAUCUAUAGAUAUAUCUAGAUAGAUACUUAUAAUUUAGAAUAAACGUUUUUUAUUCAUUCAUUUUCAUAGUCGUAAGUGGAUUUUUUGAUACGUCAUAAUUUUAAAAACGAAGAUAUUUUUAUCAAUUUGUUUUAUUUUUAAAUAAAACAUAAAGCAAAUUUAAGAAACAGAAAUAAAAAAAAUUACUAGUUAUUAAUCAUAUUAAUAUUAUAUUAUUAAUAUGAGAAACUAUUAGUAAUAGAAACAUGGAAAUAUUAAGUAAUAAGUGUACUGAAAAUAAGAUUACAAUCAAUAAAUCUUAAAAGGAGACGUCUACCACAGCAACCAAACGAAAAUAAAUGAUUCGAUUAACCUGAAUUUUUGUUUUGACGCAAGAGUUAUAUAUACCUUGCCCAAUCCACUCCGAUUGGAAUUGACUAAGCGGGUAUUUUUUCCACAUUCAUAGGAGUUCGUCUAUGUUUCUGCUUUACGAAUAUGAUAUUUUCUGGGCAUUUUUAAUAAUAUCAAGUGCUAUUCCUGUUUUGGCAUUUCUAAUUUCCGGGGUUUUAUCUCCAAUUACGAAGGGGCCGGAGAAACUUUCUAGUUAUGAAUCAGGUAUAGAACCGAUCGGGGAUGCUUGGUUACAAUUUAGAAUCCGUUAUUAUAUGUUUGCUCUAGUUUUUGUUGUUUUUGAUGUUGAAACCGUUUUUCUGUAUCCGUGGGCAAUGAGUUUCGAUGUACUAGGGGUAUCCGCUUUUAUAGAAGCUUUCAUUUUCGUGCUUAUCCUAAUUCUUGGUUUAGUUUAUGCAUGGCGAAAAGGAGCGUUGGAAUGGUCUUAGUUCGUUUCCUGAAUACUUGUACAAUAACAAUAAAAAAAAAGUAAAAAAAAACCAUUGAAACAAUUAUGAAUUCCAUUAAGUUUCCCGUACUUGAUCGAACAACAAAAAACUCAGUUAUUUCAACUACGUUAAAUGAUCUUUCAAAUUGGUCAAGACUUUCCAGCCUAUGGCCGCUUCUUUAUGGUACCAGUUGUUGUUUUAUUGAAUUUGCCUCAUUAAUAGGCUCCCGAUUUGACUUUGAUCGUUAUGGGCUAGUACCAAGAUCAAGUCCUAGACAGGCGGACCUUAUUUUAACAGCAGGUACAGUAACAAUGAAAAUGGCUCCUUCUUUAGUGAGAUUAUAUGAACAAAUGCCUGAACCAAAGUAUGUUAUUGCUAUGGGAGCGUGUACAAUUACAGGGGGGAUGUUCAGUACCGAUUCUUAUAGUACUGUUCGAGGGGUUGAUAAGCUAAUUCCUGUAGAUGUCUAUUUGCCGGGUUGUCCACCUAAACCAGAGGCUGUUAUAGACGCUAUAACAAAGCUUCGUAAGAAAAUAGCUAGAGAAAUCUAUAAGGAUCGAAUUAGACCUCAACGGGGUAAUCGGUGUUUUACUACCAAUCACAAGUUUUUUGUUGUACGCAGUACACAGACUGGAAAUUAUGAUCAAGAAUUACUCUAUCCACCAUCAUCUACUUCAGAGAUCUCUACUGAAACAUUUUUUAAAUACAAAAGCCCAGUAUCUUCCCACGAAUUAGUGAAUUAGGGAGGAUUUGA